AUGAAGACCGAAAAGGAUGACCCGUUUCAUGAAGCAAAACACGAAGUGGACGUCUCAGUGCAGAAGCUGCAAAGUCUAUACAACAACUGGAGUAGCAUCCCGGACAAGAAUUCAAUCCUGGCCAAGGAAAAAUACUGCCUAAUAAAGGAAGAAAUAAAAUAUCUUAACGAAGACCUAGAUGAUCUGGACAGCGCGGUCAAUGUCGUAAAAAACAAUUUAUUUAAAUUUAAUAUUAGCAAUGAGGAGUUGGAGAACCGAGCCAAUUCGCUGAAAAAUAUUCGAAGCGUCCUGAAUGAUAUUGCCAGCAAUUUGACGUACAAGGUUUUAAACUACACUGGAGACAUGAAGGGAGAAUACGACGCAGUUGUGCUCAAGAGGCAAGAUAACGAUUUGGACGAACUAGCCGAAUCAGCGGAACGGCUGCACAACGCCGCCAUUACCAUCAAUACAGAGUUGAAGGAUCAACAAAAGCUGCUGGAUGAGUUGGAAAACGAAAUGGAUUACUCAAAUGAAAAAAUGAACAUUGUGACGAAAAAAAUUGCACAUUAUUUAAAGACAAAUAGUAAGUGCAGCAAACAGGGGCUAUUAAGUAGAGUACAAAAGAGUCAUGUUCCAUAA